CGGCUGCGUUGGGAAACCACGUGCGCCUUGCAAAAGGCAAAAGCCACCCAAUGCGACCAAAGACAUCGUUUACCCAUCGACAUUCGACACAAAGACCAGCCUUACCCCUGGUCUAAAACACCUCCUCUCUCUUUCAAUUUCAAUUUCAAUUUCAAUUCAAAUUCUUGUUUGAUUUGCAUCCUUGUUUCCCCGAAAAUAUUAAUUUUGUUGGGUCGUCCUUCAUAUUCAAAUCUUGGAGGUGUAUAAUUGAUCAUAUAUUCGUGCUAAAAUUGAAAAUACUACCUGUAAACAAAUUCCCAGAUUUGGUUUAUCCUUGAUCCCGGAAGAUCGUGUUCGACGUUAGCAGAUUGGUUUCCAGCAAGCUGUCUUCUUGUUUUCUCACACCUGAGGCGAUUCAUUUCUCAUCCAAUUAACACAAAGUGGACUCACCGAUGGAUGCUAGAGAAAGUGUUCUUGUUGUUCAGUUCCUUCAUCUGACUACUACCUCCUGAUUAUUGAAGAUCUCUAGACGCCACUUUCAUUGCAUUUAUUAAAAACAAUCACCUCUGUCACAUAGACCUUUUUAAUCUAUGGGCGAGUGGGUGGUUGGAGCUUUUAUUAACCUUUUUGGAAGCAUUGCAAUUAACUUCGGAACUAAUCUUCUUAAAUUGGGCCAUGACGAGAGAGAAAGACAUGCUCUGCUAGUUGAAGGGAUUAAUGGAAAGACACUACUGAGGCCUAUCAUAAGCUUCCAAUCUUGGAGAAUAGGUAUUCUAUUUUUCGCGUUUGGAAAUGCCCUUAACUUUAUUUCCUUCGGAUAUGCUGCUCAGUCACUUCUUGCAGCAUUGGGAUCCAUACAAUUUGUGUCAAAUAUCGCGUUUGCCUAUUUCGUCUUACAGAAAACAGUCACUGUAAAAGUAUUAGUUGCCACAACUUUUAUUGUUCUUGGAAACAUCUUCCUUGUUGCUUUUGGCAAUCACCAAUCACCUGUUUACACACAGGAGCAGUUGGCAGAAAAGUACAGCAACAUUACAUUCCUUUUUUACUGUCUGCUUUUGGUGGUGGUGGUUCUCAUGCAUCACUACGUAUACAGGAGAGGAGAAUUGUUGCUUGCUAUUCCAGGGAAAGAUCUUAUGAGAUACUGGAAGUUACUGCUUCCUUUUUCAUUUGCUGUAGUUUCAGGAGCCAUAGGAUCAUGUUCAGUUCUCUUUGCAAAGUCUCUCUCAAAUCUUUUAAGACUGUCCAUGUCAAGUUCAUAUCGAUUGGAUAGCUGGUUCACGUAUUCGAUUCUUUUAUUAUUUCUAUGUACAGCUGGAUUUUGGAUGGCAAGGUUGAACGAAGGAUUAUCACAGUUCGAUGCCAUACUUAUAGUCCCCAUGUUUCAGAUAGCUUGGACAUUCUUCUCAAUUUGUACUGGAUUUGUGUAUUUCCAGGAAUAUCAGGUACUUGACGCGUUGAGGACGGCGAUGUUUAUUCUGGGAAUGAUUUCAGUAUUCAUAGGAAUUUCAUUGCUGGCACCCGACGACUCAAAAGAAGUGAAGGAAAGUCCCUUAUCAUCCGUGGCUUCAUCACAUGUCAACCCUGAAAUAGAAAGGUUGUCGAAGCCAUGUGAAGAGUCGCAACUGCAAAUCAAGGACAUGAAGUCGCUGGCAAGAGUAAUGGCAACAAAAGCCACAGCAGCCAUGGUGAAAGCAAAGAGUACAUGCACACUGUUGAUUGGUAUGGGGGAUGAUACCAUGCAUGCUUCAUCGGUUCUUGCGAUGCCCAUGGUUUCCUCAAAAAUCACAGGCUUUAGAGGUGUCGGAGGUGAACACCGGUCAAAGUUGUCGUUGAGAAGUCCGUCGGGGUGGGGGAGGAUUCCGGUGGAGGACGAAACUGUAAAUAUGCUGGAUACUACUUCAAGUGAGGAGGACUAACUAGUAACUAGUAACUAGCGUUUGUACUUUGUACUUGUAGUAGUGUUAUUGGGGAAAAAGGAUGGCGACACAGCCACGUGUUGUAUAGCUGUUUGAUUUGAUUGAAUUGGAUUUGAUUGGAUUGGAUGUAUAUCUUCUUUGAUUCUUAAAAUUCUUUUGUUUGUUCCUUAAAGUGUA